AUGGUCAAGAUUUUCAAUCUACUUUUUCUGUGUGGUGCUCUGCUCGUUGUCAAAAUCACCCCUUCGUAUGCUCAGGGUUUGAUAGUUCAGAGGUCUGGGGUCGCUGGUGCUCGCUUUGGCCAAGGCUCAGGCUCUCGAAGCGGGCUCGGUCGUGGCUGCUGUUGCUACGAAGAGCCAGAGCCCCCUACUGUUCCAGAGCGCAAAAUCUGUGAAAACGACACGCAACUGGAUGAGCAGCAGACCAUUACUUCUGGCGGCAGAACCUACAGGAUUUGGUGCAACGCGAUCAAGCACGGCGAGAACGACUUGGGAUAUGACAUCGCCGUCAAGAGCAUUGAUGAGUGUAUCGAACUGUGUAACAAGAAGGCGACGUGUGUUCGUGCCAUAACGACCAAAGAUGAAACUAUAUGCUACCUCCGCUCCCAUGGCAACAACCUGAUUCCUGAUUCAUCGGGAUAUAUUAGCGCCCAUUUGGAGUAG